GGGCGCAUGCGCAUGGAUGUACCGUGGGUGGGAUUGGACCGCGCUUGUCGGGAACCCGAAUAAAGUUUUUUUACGAAGAAGAUAACGGAUGAAAAGAUGUCGGGCCGGUCGGUCAGAGCGGAGACUCGCAGCCGAGCCAAGGAUGACAUCAAAAAGGUUAUGGCAGCGAUAGAGAAAGUCCGAAAAUGGGAGAAAAAGUGGGUAACCGUGGGUGACACAUCGCUGCGGAUAUUUAAAUGGGUACCUGUGACUGACCCCAAAGAGGACAUACGAGCUCCUCGAAUGACUCACUUGGAGAAGUCAAAAUCGAAGAGCAAUCUUGAAUCAAAAGGUACAAAGGGGGAUAAAGCUUUCCCACUGCUGCCUGUGUCUGACAACAGUUCUUCUCCUGUUCUCCUGGAGCUAAAUGAUGAGACAAGUAAUCAGAGUUCCCUGUCAGAUGCUUACCCAGUAAAAGUGGACAGCAGUACAAACUCCAGCCCCAGCCCAGAGCAAAGUGAGCCUGUCAGCCCAACGCUUCUCUCUGACUUUAAAGCAGAUGACUCUCAGCCUCCCAUGCUUGGGCAGGAAAUUAUGGAAGAACCUUCCCUUCCUUCCUCAGAAGUAGGAGAUGAUCCCCCAAUGCUCACAAAGGAAGAACUGGUUCCAUUGCAGCCUCAGGUUGUGGAAGAGGAGGAUGACGAAUAUUCAGGGGCACCACCACUGAAGAGGGUUUGCACCGGACAGAAUGUUGUGACUCAGCCAGUGACUGAGAGCUAACCCAGAAUCAAGACUGGCAUUCCCAUGGUACCUGCUGACUUGCCAUCACUGACUGACUUAAAAGAAUGUGAUAUUUAUUUUCUACUUUUGAUGAAUUGUGAUGCUUGUAACUUAAGUGUCUGAAUUGAAAAUGUUUCUGUAUUGCAGGGUGAUGUCUCUUUUGUUAGCAGGAAUGGGUGUGAUCUGUGGCUCCACUGGGCCUUCCUAGUUGAAGAGACUUUUAUAUUGAUAGUGUCAAAAGUAGCACUAAUACAAAGGAAGUGUCUCAUUCACCUCUUUAAUGGGCCCAGCUCAGCCUUUUCCAUGGACAAGAGUACCCACUGGAAGAAAAGAUGGGACUCUGUAUUGACGCUCACCAGGAACCAGCUGCAGACUGGUACAGUACAUAAAGAUGGACUGAAGAUCCCUCUCUCUGCUUUUCUGGGGUCUCAGCAUCAAUAUGAAAGUGCCUUGAUACUGAAGUGCCUCUAAAUCUUCGCCAUUGUUUGUGAGAUGACUGAAGAUGGAUUUGUGCGGUUGAUUGUUAGCUAUAAAUAAAAAUGCGGUCUUCAUCCUUGUUUUACCCAUGGUAUAAAAUUGGACUUAAGCAUUUGCAUUCAAGGAAGUACGACAGCAUGCAGUUUCAAAAAUAAAUGCUAUUGAAUUUG